GGAGCUAUUGAGCAUUACAUUUUCUAUCCCAUCAUCUCGUUUCCAUAUUCUGCGUUUACAAUCCUUCUUCUCACGCGUACCCACAGCAUGCCACACGCACAAGUCUCACCUGGAACGACUCUGUACUACGAAAUUAAGCCUUGUACCCAAAACCCCACUUUACCUGAGACACCUUGGCUACUGAUUGUUCAUCCGUUAUAUCAGGAUAUCUCCUGCAUCACUCAUUUGUCUGAAGACCCGGUCUUGCGGGCAAACUUCAAUGUGAUUCUUUUUGAUGAUCGAUAUCAUGGUCGAUCUGAAUCAUCCCCUUCGGCUUGUUUCGAUUGUUAUACGCAAGCAGCAGACUUAGCUAUGGGUAUGGAGCUCCUGAAAAUUCCAAAUGCUCAUUGCAUGAGUACUCACCCAUGGGCAACAGAAGUAUUACUAAGAAUGGGAUUCGUAUUCAAGGAGAAAGUUACUAGUUUAUGUCUUUGUAGUUUACCAUCAGACCAAGAGGACGACUUUAACAAAAAAGCGUUCGCUGAAUGCUUUAACCAUUGGACUGAUCCCGAAACUCCAGAUGACUGGCACGAAGCCGUAGCAUCGACAGUAUGGUACCACUUUGGAUCUGAGUUGGAAUACGACGUUGAUAUACUUGACGAAUAUGCUGGCAUCUUUUUGCGAAGAUAUCCACCUUCCAAUUCCGUGGGUCAAUUGAUGGGAACAAUGCCAUACAGCAUGCGUGAUGUGAUUCCUGCCAAAGCCCAAACUUCAGUCACGCAGCCUAUCCUGAUACUACAAGGAGGUGCUGAUAAGGUUUAUACAAGAAGCACACUUGGAGUCUCGUCUCGUCUCGACGGAAUUCUACAAGUUUCUUCCAAAAAUGAGCUGAGAACCAUCCCUAAUGCGCCAUUAAUGCUAUGCCGCACCCAUAGCGUCGAAGUACGAAACCAGUUUAUGCAAUGGAUUCAGCCGAUCUUGUCAGAACAAGGUCGACAUUCAUCUACACGGCUUGACUUGGAGGUUUGUCUACAGAGAUUAGCCAGCUUAUCCGAUGAUAUUUCUAUCACAAAACGCGAUCCACAUGUCAGUGAUAGUUAUCAUCUCGCUGGUUCCGAAAAAAUCAAGGAUGUCUCUGCUUUACUUCAAAAGUUUGAACACCUUCAAAAAACGAAAUUUUCUUUCAUAGGAGGAGGUGCUCCUGAGACUUGGUCAGACGCAAGUUUCGAAGAUAUACACCCUUGGAGGUUUUCAUCAAGAUAUGAUUAUGCUAGGAUGUUCGGGUCAUCUGAGGGUGUGAGAUCAAGAACUAACUCAGCUGUGACACUUGAGGAGAGUAUAGAGGUCGUGGUCAUGGACUCCGCAAGCGAAGAAAACUUUACUGAAUCACUCAAAACUUGAAGGUUAUGUGGAAAUGGUUUGAUCUCAUCCAAGUUUGUAACCAUAUGUAUUGUAUUAUUUUGUGUUGUAUGUGUGGUUGGAAUACAUGAUUCUCAGAUUUGUUUAGUUGUACUACUUGACCUUAUAGACACAAAUAAAUGAGAAUCAGAUAAAUAUUGGUUAGCUGUUUGCAG